AAAGAGAAUAGAAGUACCAAAACCAUAGUAACCCUACCCUUUUGAAACUCAUGGAUCCUAUAAAUGGUCUUCGAGUCCUGAUCAUUGAUGAAGAUAAAGAUGAUGCAAACCAUAUGAAGGACAUGCUCCAUCAAUACAACUUUCAUGUGAUAGUGUUUACAAGUCCUAGAGAGGCACUAGACUUUCUUAAUGGUCAUGCACAAGAUAUUGAUUUCCUAUUGGUAGCAGUGGAUAUGGAAGAGAUGUCACGAUUUGAAUUCCUUGAUAUGGCCAUAGAUAUGUAUGAAAACAUCCAAGAAAUUAGCCCUGGAGCUAAUACAGAUGGAGAACAAAGUAAUGCCACAAACUCUUCUACUAAUAAAGAGUAUAUGAAUAACGAUAUUUAUGAAGUGCAAAGCUCCACAGGAAGCAAUUCAGUAGAUAUGGGCCUUGUGAACUAUCCAGAAUCUGAAGAUGGUGAAACUGUGGAGAAAUGUCCUAAUGCAUACCAAGACCCUGAAGUUGGCACAUCUCCCAACAACUAAAGCUACACCUAGAUUAUGUUGCAUUAUGGAGGCGCAUCAAUUUGGACAUAGUAGAAUCAAUAAUUACUAUGAUCUAAUAUGAGACUAAAUAAUCAAUAAUAGCCAUAGUAAUGCUAAUGGAAAUACAUGUAUCUUCAUGUAAAACAAGAUCCUAUGUUCAAAACCCAUACAUAAUGCAAUGCCCUUUUAUAGUAGUAAGUUCCUUGUUCUAUUUUCACACCAUUGUUGGUCUUUUUAUUAAUCAUGACACAGUAGUAUAAUUAUGCACAUCUAUGAUUUUUCUCAUGGUGGAUUUAGCGAAUCAAUUUACAUGUUGAUGUAUUUGUUUAUAAACUGGGUUAAAGUUAAGACCGAUUUAUGACAAACCAAA